GAAUGCCUUAAUAUUUUUUUUCUUAAUUUUCCUCUACAUGUAAUGAUUUACAGUUCAUCCGUUAUUUUUGUCUACAGUAGUGGGAGCCGCAGAGCCACGACCAAUGCAAGGAAAUUUGAUGAACAAUGGAAGCCAUGACACAUCCAAUGACAUACAGAAAUUGCAACAAGAGCUGCAGGACAUCAAAGAACAAACUAUGUGCCCUGUCUGUCUUGACCGGCUUAAAAACAUGAUAUUUAUGUGUGGCCAUGGAACCUGCCAGAUGUGUGGAGACCAAAUGUCAGAAUGUCCAAUAUGUCGAAAACCAGUAGAAAAGCGGAUUCUCUUGUAUCACUGAUCAACAAGAUUUCGGCAUCGGUCCUCGCAGCGACUGAUGCCGAAUUCCCGGAGCCACUCUGCGGACAGGCCCCAGCUGCGAAAUGCAGUUUUACAUGCCACUGUUGAGAGAACAAUGACUCUCAAUAGAAGAGUUCUUCCUGCAGGACGCAUUCCAGUUCCUCCCCCUCGUGUUCCUCCAUUGAAACCAAAGGAGCUGGUGGUGAAACUGCCUCCAAGCGCCAAUGAUUCAUAACAGACAUUUAUCUGAACAUUCAAAAUGAUUUGUAAGGACCUCUUAGCCAGAUAUAGUGGUGAAGAUACCUACAGUGUAUACAUACCUUAUCCAGGAUCCUUUGAAAAGAACACCACUCAUUAUAAAAACUUCGGGAUAGUCAUUUAUUAGUGUUGCAGAAUAUGACGAGAAAUUUUCUGCCUUUGAGGCAAGCAUAAUAAUUAUUUUCAAAUGUAAAUGUGCUCAUUCAAAUAUUUAAAAAGUACUCUAUUGUCCUUUGAUAGCAAUUUUUUUUCUUUUCUUUUUUUAGUGCUCUUAUGUAACACAAAUCGAUUUGAGCAAGUUAUAUAGUAAUUUUAUUCCUUGUUGUAUUUUGCUGGUUUUAUAAUCAUGUUGUUUUUGUGAUCUAGCUUUGUUAAAGAAGUUAUGAUAUAUGCUUGUGGUAAAUUCACACAUCUCAUUUCACAAAAGAAAAAAUGAAUUUUCAAGGUCUUCUCAUUGUUGAGUUUUUAUCAGUGCCUUUUUGUAUUCCUGUUGACUUUUGUUUCAGUAAAACCUGUAGAUUAUAGUGAACUUUUAUGCUAAAUCAUUAGUUUAAUUCUUUUCUUGGAAAGUUUGGAUUGAUGGUGAUGAUGUAUUAAAGCCUUAUUUGACGUGGAGCACUAUCUCUUACAUUCAUUGUGAAUUCAAAUAUUUGACUGAUAAAAUGUUUGUGUAAACCUUUAAUUAUAAGAGAUU